GUCAAGGCCUCAAAUACCCACCCCUGCCCAGGCACCAGAGCUGUUGUCUGCCCAAGUUCUUGCAGUCUGUCCUGUGCCACGGACACUUCCAGCUUGGACCUCAGAGCCCUGUCUGGACCCAGAUCCUAAGCCUCUGAUUCCACCCCAACCACAUCUCAGCCCGCCGGCUCCUCGCAAUGGGCCGGCCGCGGGCCCUACUGGCCGCGCUGUGGGCGCUGGGAGCCGCCGGGGCAGCAGCGCUGCGCAUUGGAGCCUUCAACAUCCAGAGCUUCGGCGACAGCAAAGUGUCGGACCCUGCCUGCGGCGACGUCAUCACGCAAAUCCUGGCUGGCUAUGACAUCAUGCUCGUGCAGGAGGUGCGAGACCCGGACCUGAGCGCCGUAUCGGCGCUUUUGGAGCAGAUCAACAGCGUGUCUAGGCACAAGUACAGCUUCGUGAGCAGCGAGCCCCUGGGGCGGGACCAGUACAAGGAAAUGUACCUGUUCGUCUACAGGAAGGACUCGGUGUCGGUCGUGGACACGUACCAGUACCCGGACCCGGAGGACUCCUUCAGCCGCGAACCUUUCGUGGUCAAAUUCUCAGCCCCCGGCUCCGCUGCCAAGGAGUUGGUGCUCGUCCCGCUGCACGCAGCGCCGCACCAUGCAGUAGCGGAGAUCGACGCUCUCUACGACGUGUACCUCGACCUGAUUGACAAGUGGGGCACCAACGACAUAUUGUUCCUGGGUGACUUCAACGCGGACUGCAGCUACGUGCGGGAGCAGGACUGGGCGUCCAUCCGCCUGCGCAGCAGCGAGGUCUUCAAGUGGCUGAUCCCGGACAGCGCCGACACCACGGUGGGCAACUCGGACUGCGCCUACGACCGCAUCGUGGUCUGCGGAGCCCACCUGCGCAGGAGCCUGAAGCCCCAGUCGGCUGCUGUGCACGACUUCCAGGAGGAAUUCGGCCUGGACCAGACUCAGGCCCUUGCCGUAAGUGACCAUUUUCCUGUGGAGGUGACCCUCAAGGUCCACUGACAGGCUGGAGGCCUGGCCAGAGCACACUGCCUGCAGACUGGCCAUGAGGUAGAGCCUCACAGGGCUUCUUCAGGAUGGCAGGCCAACCCCCAGCAAGGCCACAGAGCAGGGUCGGCUGGGCCUGGACAAGCGGCCAUGGACACGUUACGGGAUCACUGAGCCUGUUUCCCCAUCUGUAAAAUGGGCUACCACCACCUACCUCACAGGGGUGUGAGGAGCACCUCAGAGUGCUGGGCGCAGCUGUGCUCAAUAAAUGUGCACGAGCGCUCGGCCAGGACCACACACAAGUUGGCUCGGAGGCCUCCGUCCUUUCUCAGGACUCAGCCCUUCUGCAGCACAAACCCGUCCUGCAGUCUGGCAGGUCCCUUAGGGGAGAGGCACAGCCUGGCCUGUCAGUGUCACAUCUUGCUGGGAACUGCCGCCUCCAAACCACUGAAAAUGCUUCCAAGAACCUGUACUGAGCGCAGUGGGGCUCAGUACUCACACCCACAGGGACAGUGUUCAGGUCCAAGGCCAGCCUCCUAGCUGGAUGUCCCUCCUGCAGGAACCCUCAGGCACUGGUCUGUAUCAUAGGUCCUGCCCUGUCCAGCACUGCCAGGGAAGUCAGGUUAAGGCCCUGCCCACAGAACUCGCAUACCUCCCAGUGUACAGCAAUUCCUGGGUAGCAGCAGGUGUGGUCUUUCCCUGGGUAGUUCCUCCUCAGGGGCCCUGUGCUGGGACAGGACAGUGGCCUUUGUCCCAGGUAAGCCCUGAGUGUCGGGAACAAGCAGAGCUGGGGUACACGCAACUGAUGGGUCUGAUGAAGUUUCUGGUUUUCGAAACAUCUUAUCUCUGGCAGGAUUUGGGAACUGUCCUGAAUUAUAUGGGAGGAAAAGCCUUUAUUUCGAGUUUGAGCAAGUGCUCCUUGUGAAGUCUUUCUAAAAUAAGAUCUAGGACACUCAGCAUAGAAUACCUCUCAAGGAAUGCCUGCUUUGUCCUUCUCCAAGGUCUCCCGAUUUCUCUUGAAUU